GCACAGCGCCACAAAGCAACAACAUUAUCACGCAUCUGGCGACGGGAGGUGACAUCUGCGGCCCUCUAAUUCUGUUCAUUGCUUGGCCCGCUUCGCUCCCCUCACAAGCCUGCCGCCUCCGCACUGCGCCAGGACACAGCAAUGAUGGCGAUACCUGUGCUGACGCUGGCGGUGCUGGUGGCCUCGGCGCAUGCGCAGAAAAACCCGAACGUCUUAGAGGACCGCCAGGUGAUGGUCCACCUCUUUGAAUGGAAGUGGGUUGACAUCGCGAGCGAAUGCGAGAGAUUUUUGGCGCCUCGUGGUUAUGGCGCCGUUCAGGUAUCCCCGCCUAAUGAAUAUGUGGAAGUGUACCAAGGACCCGUAAAGCGCCCGUGGUGGGAGAGGUACCAGCCAGUCUCGUACAAGAUCGCCUCCCGCUCGGGUGACGAGAGAGCCUUCAGGGACAUGGUGAAUCGCUGCAAUAACGUUGGAGUUAGGAUCUACGUGGACGCCGUCAUUAAUCACAUGUCCGGGGGCCACCCAAAGGGCACGGGAACCACAGGUGGCUCCUUGUUCGACUCCAGCACACAAUCCUACCCCGGAGUGCCAUACACUUCUGCCGAUUUCAACGACCCUAAUUGCCACACCAACUCUGGCAAUAUUGAGAAUUUCCAGGAUGCCGAACAGGUCCGCAAUUGCAAACUGAGCGGCCUAAACGACCUACACCAAGGCAGCGAGCAUGUGCGAGACAAAAUCGUUGAAUACCUGAACAAGCUCAUCGGUUGGGGCGUUGCUGGCUUUCGUGUCGACGCCUCGAAACACAUGUGGCCGGCAGAUCUACAGGAAAUUUUUGGCCGCCUUGACAAUCUUAGCACAACAUUUUUUCCUGAAGGAACCAGACCCUUUGUACUCCAGGAAGUCAUCGAUUUCGAUGAUGAGCCUAUCAAAGGAACCGACUACACCAACGUGGGUCGCGUGACGGAAUUCCGGUAUGGCAAGUUCCUGUGCCAGGAUUUCCGAGGCAUCAACCAGCUCAAAUGGCUCCGGAACCUGCACGAGGCCUGGGACAUGCUCGACCGACACAGCGCCGUCGUUUUCAUCGAUAACCACGACAACCAGCGAGGCCACGGCGCCGGCGGUGACGUCACGAUAACCUUCCGUGAUCCUAGACGAUAUAAAAUGGCCAACGCCUUCAUGCUAGCGUGGCCGUAUGGCUUCACGCGCGUCAUGUCGUCGUAUCACUGGGACCAGAAGUGGGACGACGGGCGUGACACGAACGACUGGAUGGGCCCGCCCCACGAUGCCAACUUCAGCAUCACUUCGCCCAUCAUCAACGCUGACAACAGCUGCGGGGGAGGCUGGGUCUGCGAGCACCGCUGGAGGCAGAUCUACAACAUGGUGGAGUUCCGAAAUGUUGCUCACGGCACUGACAUGAACGACUGGUGGGACAACGGCAGCAACCAGAUCGCCUUCAGCCGAGGCAACAGGGGUUUCGUGGCCAUCAACAACGACGAAUACGACUUGAAACAAACGCUGCAGACGCGCCUUCCUGCUGGUACGUACUGUGACGUCAUCUCUGGAAGUAAACAGGGAGAGUCGUGUACGGGCAAGACACUUACUGUGGGACCUGACGGCCGGGCCUACGUCGAAGUCCUCACAACUGCCUAUGAUGGAGUCAUCGCUAUUCAUAUCAACUCCAAAGUCUCUGACGACGUGAGCAGACACGACCAUCCGCUUUUCUACAACCAGACGAUCCUGACCGUCGACCAAGACAAGGUCCUCAAGUUGGUGGGCGUGGAGCUGGCGGCCAGAACCAUGGCGGGUUGCGACUGGAGGAAGUACGGCCAGAUCCUGAAGCUUCUGCUCGAAGAAGCGAGUCUCCCAACAUUCACAAUCCCCGAGGAGGUGUUCACGCUCCUGUCCGAAGAGAGCAAGCGAGACCCCAAGGCGCAGAAUGAUGGCCCAGGGGGUACCAACUGUCAUACUGACAGGUGUUAAUCCAUUUAUUAGAUACCGCAUUCACGAUACAUGUUUUCUCACUUCACCUUGUUUUUUAUACUAUGAUAAAUGUUAUUACCUGUGAUAGUAUGAAGGACAUUAGGUUUUCUGCUGACAUGCUUGGCAAAUAGGACUGCUCAAGUACCAGUUACCCAGCAUACCGUAUAAGCAAUAUGAAAAUUACGGCAAAUAUAUGUAAUUCAUAUGAGAUCGAAUGCCUUCCUGAAUAAUGAUUAGCAAUGAUCAGCAGAGAAAUGAACGUAAAAUAAAGCUAUUCGGAAGA